AUGUCAAACUGGUGGACUGGGCAGGCCAACCUAGGUGGUGUAGAAACACCAUCAGGUGGUUCCUUGGCUCUAAAGAAGCCAGAUCUGGGAAUAUCAAUGAACGAGAACAACACUGGAAGUGAAGAAGAUGAAAGAGACAACAACAGCGAUGAUCCAAGAGAAGGUGGGAUCGAGACUUCAAAUAGGCGGCCUAGAGGCCGUCCACCAGGCUCAAAGAACAAGCCAAAGCCCCCGAUUUUUGUGACAAGGGACAGCCCCAACGCGCUUCGUAGCCAUGUCAUGGAGGUUGAGAGUGGAACUGAUGUAGCUGAGAGCAUAGCUCAAUUUAGUAGGAGACGACAGAGAGGGGUUUGUGUUAUGAGUGCUAGUGGGACAGUCAUGAAUGUAACCCUAAGACAGCCCACAGCACCUGGUUCAGUCAUGGCCUUACAAGGCCGAUUCGAGAUUUUGUCACUAACCGGAGCUUUUUUACCUGGUCCUGCUCCGCCUGGCUCAACAGGUCUGACUAUAUACCUUGCGGGAGGUCAAGGUCAGGUUGUCGGUGGGAGCGUGGUGGGGUCGUUGGUGGCCUCCGGACCUGUGAUGGUAAUUGCCGCCACAUUUUCCAACGCUACAUACGAAAGACUCCCUGUAGAGGAAGAAGAGGAAGCAGAUAGUGUGGUGCAGGCAGGGAUGGGUGGCGGUGGAUCACCACCGCCACUUGGGAUGGGUGGUGAUGGAGGAGGGUUGGGUGAUCCGAUGCCCGGCAUUUGGCUGGGCUCAUGGCCGGCCUCCAUAUUAGAGGUUGUAAUGCAUGAGAAAGAAAAUUAA